CAAAAGCACCCGACCCCCACCUCUCCGUGGUCUCUUCCGAUCCAUUCUCCCAGACCGCAAAUUAUCAUAUUCGAACCACACAGAGUUAAGCUCUUGUCCGCUUCCAGUUGGCAUUACUCAACCCGUUGCUCGAAUCGACUUCGCCGAUUUUGUGACACUUGAUGGGUCUCCUCAACAUCCGAUCGCCGACGUCAUUGCGGACGGCCGUGACCACCGCUGGCGAUUCGCUCAACGACUUUUCGAUAUCAACUACCGCACCCUUUACCGUCUUCGCGCCCGGCGAACAUGACUCUCAUCCGUCCCUCCCCCAUAUCGUGCUCCUCGUCUUCGGGGCCGUCCUCGAGGUAGUAUGCGUCAGUUUGCCGGGAUACAUUAUUGCCAGGCUUGGCCACUUCGACGCUGAGAAGCAGAAGUUCUUGGCAAACCUUAACGUAAUGCUAUUUACGCCAUGUCUUAUCUUCACCAAGCUUGCAUCUCAACUUAACGCCGAUAAGCUGAUUGAACUCGGCGUCAUUCCUAUCAUAUUCGUGAUCCAGACGUUCGUCUCGUACAUAGUCUCGGUGGGAGUUGCAAAAUGCUUCGGAUUCAACAAGCGCGCUUCCAACUUCGUCACCGCCAUGGGCGUAUUUGGCAACUCCAACUCGUUGCCCAUCUCCCUGGUUAUCUCGCUGUCGCAAACCUUGAAGGGAUUGCAUUGGGACCGGAUCCCGGGUGAUAACGAUGAUGAGGUUGCCGCACGCGGUAUUCUGUAUCUGAUGGUCUUCCAGCAACUUGGCCAGCUUGUCCGCUGGAGCUGGGGGUUUCACGUUCUCCUUGCGCCCAAGUCCAAGUACGAUGAAUACAACAACGAAACGAUCGAGGAGGGUCGGUACCGCGACGAACCGGAUGAGGACGAAGAAGCGGCGCAGCUUAUUCAAGGGCUGGAUAGCACCCACGAGAUUGGCGAAGAAAGCUAUGCGCACGGUUAUAGGAGCCCAACAACGCAGUCCGACAACUCCGAAGUCUACGAGCCUGCAGGUCGAACUCCUGUUACUGGGUCGUCAAGGACCUCUCCUAGUGAUUCUGGCGAUGACGAUUCGGAUACUAUUCGGAAGGUCAACAACGACAACAGCGCUGUAUCCGACCGCGAUGAGCGGCCCAACGGAAUAAUGUCGUUUCCACGCAUCAGUCACGCGCAUGAACGUGAGGUUCCCAAAGGCUUCCCGGCGCGCGUCAAGGCAUUGGCCAAGAAGGCUGCUGUAUCAGUGUGGGCUUCCGUCACUGGUGUCGCUCGUACUGUAUUCUCUGCUCUUCCGGCUCCCCUGCAGACUGUGCUUAUCAAGAUCUACCGCGGCAUGGGCCGCUUCGGUGCCGGUCUCUGGGAGUUCAUGAACCCACCUCUUUGGGCUAUGCUCUUCGCCGUCAUUGUGGCCUCGAUCCCCGAUCUCCAGGAACUCUUCUUCAAGGACGACACUUUUGUCAAGACCAGUAUCACCAGCGCCAUCAACUCCUCCGCUGGCGUCGCUGUUCCCUUGAUCUUGGUUGUAUUGGGAGCUAACUUGGCGCGCAAUACGCAGAAGCGUGAUGAAGUGGAAGCCGAGGAGAAGGAGAUUGGCACCAAGCUGCUGGUUGCUUCCCUGAUUAGCCGUAUGCUCCUCCCGACUCUAAUCAUGGCGCCCAUUCUUGCGCUCUUCGCCAAGUAUGUGCCUGUCAGCAUUCUGGACGACCCGAUCUUUGUCAUCGUCUGCUUCCUCCUUACCGGUGCGCCUAGCGCGCUUCAGCUGGCUCAGAUUUGCCAGAUCAACAACGUGUACGAGGUAGUCAUGGGCAAGAUCUUGUUCCAAAGCUACGUCAUCUGGAUCCUUCCUUCCACCCUCAUGUUGGUCAUGUGCGCUCUCGAGGUUGUCGAGUGGGCAGCUUAAAUGAGCGCCACUCCACAUGAGCAUUUACGUCGUCACGUCAUCAUAAGUCUUUCUUGAGGAACGCAUUUUAGGGUUGACGCGUUGCCU